CAGUCGGGCCGAAAACGUAAACAAACGAAGGGGAAGGGAAUCCAGUGCUUGCUGCUGCAGAACGAUCACACACACGUGUUUUGAUUCGACCAAAAACUAAAAGAACUCUUGAAUUUGUGAGAAAAGUGUUUUUUUCUAGUGGAAUAAACUUGAGCUUGUGCUCGGAGCUUGACGUCGACCUCAUCAAACUUUCCACUUUUGAACCGUUGCAUUUAUUCAGCUAAUAAUUUUCUUUAAAAAUGGCUAACUCAUCAGAAGUGCCAGAUUUGGUGCCUUGCGGGAGCGAUGAAGAGGACGAUGAUGAAGCUGCGUGGGAUGAGAUGGAAGAGACGUCGCAGCCCGUCCAAUGUUUGUUUUGCUCAAAAACGUUUCCCUCCAUUCUGGAGACAGUGUCGCACGCAGCUGAGGGACACAAAUUCGACCUAAAAAUUUUAUCCAAGAAGUACAACAUGGACACCUACUCGUAUAUCAAAUUGGUAAACUUCAUUCGAAUGCACAACAUGGGCGCCGACGAGCUGAUGGUCUGCAAAGAGCCCCUCUGGGACCUUGACAUGUACCUCAAGCCAGUAUUGGAAAAUGACCCCUGGCUGAUGUAUGAUUUUGAGGAGGAUCGAGUUUUAUCGGAGCCAAGGAAUUUCACUCCAACAGGGUAUCACGUCGUCAAUUCCGAAGACGGAAAGGUCACAUUGACUGAGGCGCAUUUCCGAGAGCUUCAAAAUAACCUCGAAGGGUUGCACAUGGCAUUGGCACAAAAAAAUGAUGAAAUUCAAAUCUUGCAAGGAGACAUUGCCCGAAUGCGAUCUCUGUCCAGAGCAUUGCUUGAGGCUGGAAUCUCUGAUAAAUCCUCAGUUGAGGCUGAUUUGGAUACGGUGGUUAAAGGGAUCAAAUUGGAGGAUGACGAAGCUUACUUUAGCAGCUAUGCCCAUUUUGGGAUUCAUCACGAGAUGCUCUCCGACAAAGUUCGAACCGAAACAUAUCGCAAUGCACUCUUAAGCAACGAAAAACAGAUAAAGGGAAUCACUGUGUUAGAUCUUGGAUGUGGAACUGGAAUCCUCUCGAUGUUUUGCGCGCAGGCAGGUGCUGAAAAAGUGGUGGCUGUUGACCAGUCUGACAUUAUUUAUCAUGCAAUGGAUAUAGUUCGUGAAAAUAAGUUGGAGGACCAAAUUCAGCUAAUCAAAGGCAGGUUAGAGGACCUUGACAACAUUCCGAAAGUGGACGCAAUCAUAUCAGAGUGGAUGGGCUACCUACUUCUCUUUGAAGGAAUGUUAGACAGUGUAAUUCACGCAAGGGAUCACCACCUAAAGCCUGGUGGUCUUCUUCUUCCUAACAGAUGUGAUAUGAGCUUGGUUGGAUUAUCAGAUUUGGAGCGGCACAAUGAGCUCAUUGGAUUUUGGGAGGACGUUUACUCUUUCAAAAUGAGUGGCCUCAGAAAAGAGACUGUACAUGUUCCUGCUGUGGAGAUUGCUAGACCAGAAUCGGUUGUGACUACUUCUUUUAAGCUUAGAGAACUCGACUUGAACAAAUGCACAUCCCGCGAGCUCAGUUACUGUGUGCCUUUUGAAUUGAAGGCUCUGCACACCUCUGGGGAGGUGCUGCUAACUAGUUUGGCCGGAUACUUUGAUGUCUUUUUUGACCUUGAUAACCCAGUCAGCUUUUCUACUGGACCGCUGGCAACUCCAACACACUGGAAGCAAACAGUGUUCUUUUUGGACGAACCAUUCUUAUUGCAACCAGGAGAAAUAAUCAAAGGGACGUUUGAGUGUUUGCGCCAAAAGAAAGAUUGUCGGUCCUUGAAGAUUUAUAUUCAAUUGGAGGGAAAAGAGAAAUUCCAGUAUAUCGUCAGUUGAUUGCCUGCCGAGCUCAUGUAACUUGCGUCUUUCGCUUUUGGCACCUUUAUUAGGUUCUGUGACAGGAGCAGUGCAUGUACGAUCAAUCAAGCUUUUUUAAUCCAUAUGUUUAAACGUUUCAACAUGUUCAAAACAAUUCAAUCAACGCAGA